AAGGAGGGAGGGAGGAGGGAAAGCGCCGCCGCUUCCUCCCGUCACUAAAGCAAUAACCUAUUAGGAUUUUUUUUAUUUUUAAUUUUUUUUUUUUUUUUUUCGGGCUACUGUCACCCCAGAGCUAAAGAGGGAGAAGCACCGCUAGACCAACUCUUGCCAUUUCCAGUCAGAAGUUGCAGACUUCAUGUAGCUGCCUCUGCUCUGCCGAGAGAGGGACGGGGAUGGUGUGCAGUGCAGAGUGGAAAAUACCCCCGCUCUAAGAAGUGCACCGGAUUUUUUCUCUUGCUGUUUGUUUGGGUUGUUGCGUGCACGUUAGGCACCCGAAGGAUCGCCGCUUCAUAGGAAUGAAACGUGGAGAGGAUGACUAACGACAGAACUGUGAAUUUGUUCCCUGGAGUUGCUAAUUUGCCACCCCGAAGCAACACAUAUCUCGAGGAGGAAGCGUUUGGCUGCUGCUGAUUUCUCCAAAACUGGUGGUUUACCAGAUGCAUUGUGCUGUAUCUGCUGGAACAGAUCAUUGCUUAGCUGCAGCAGAUCGUCAAAGGUAGACAACUAACUGAUGUCUCCAAAUAAGAAAUGAGAUGUAAUGCAUCCUGCAGUCCAUGCAUGCCUCCUCUUGCAAAUCGCGCAUCAUUCCUCUCUGGAAACCUUUAAGUCCUAAAAUCCGUGAAAAGAGAAUAAAAACAUUAUCAUGGACCUGAGGGAUUUUUACCUGUUGGCCGCUUUGAUUGCCUGUUUAAGGCUGGAUUCUGCUAUAGCUCAAGAACUUAUUUACACUAUUAGAGAGGAGCUGCCUGAAAACGUGCCCAUAGGGAACAUACCAAAGGACCUGAACAUUUCUCAUAUCAAUGCUGCCACAGGGACCAGUGCCAGCCUUGUCUACAGACUGGUGUCUAAAGCAGGGGAUGCACCUCUGGUCAAAGUGUCCAGUAACACGGGGGAAAUCUUUACAACAUCUAACAGAAUAGACAGAGAAAAACUAUGUGCUGGAGCUUCCUAUGCAGAAGAAAAUGAGUGUUUCUUUGAACUUGAAGUGGUGAUUCUCCCCAAUGACUUUUUUAGGCUGAUCAAAAUAAAAAUCAUUGUAAAGGAUACUAAUGACAAUGCGCCUAUGUUUCCAUCCCCUGUCAUCAAUAUCUCCAUCCCAGAAAACACUCUGAUCAACAGUCGCUUUCCAAUCCCAUCAGCAACAGAUCCUGACACAGGUUUCAAUGGUGUGCAGCACUAUGAGUUGUUAAAUGGGCAGAGUGUCUUUGGACUGGAUAUUGUAGAAACUCCAGAGGGGGAGAAAUGGCCUCAGCUGAUUGUGCAGCAGAACUUGGACAGAGAGCAAAAGGACACCUACGUGAUGAAAAUCAAAGUGGAGGAUGGAGGUACCCCCCAGAAAUCCAGCACAGCUAUCCUGCAAGUCACAGUAAGUGAUGUCAAUGAUAACAGGCCAGUCUUUAAAGAGAGUCAAGUAGAGGUCCAUAUACCAGAGAAUGCCCCUGUAGGCACCUCUGUAAUUCAGCUUCAUGCUACAGAUGCUGAUAUAGGAAGCAAUGCAGAAAUCAGAUAUAUUUUUGGUGCCCAAGUCGCCCCUGCAACCAAAAGAUUUUUUGCUUUAAACAACACCACAGGGCUGAUUACAGUUCAGAGGUCCUUAGAUCGAGAAGAGACUGCUAUUCACAAAGUGACAGUGCUGGCUAGUGAUGGUAGCUCUACACCAGCCCGGGCAACUGUCACCAUCAAUGUCACUGAUGUAAACGAUAACCCUCCUAACAUAGACCUCAGGUAUAUAAUAAGUCCCAUCAAUGGCACAGUGUACUUAUCUGAGAAAGAUCCCAUCAAUACAAAGAUUGCCCUAAUUACAGUUUCAGAUAAGGACACUGAUGUGAAUGGCAAAGUGAUCUGUUUCAUUGAGAGAGAGGUCCCCUUCCACUUGAAAGCUGUUUACGACAACCAGUAUUUGUUAGAGACCUCUUCCUUGUUGGACUAUGAGGGCACCAAAGAAUUCAGCUUUAAAAUUGUGGCUUCUGAUUCUGGCAAGCCCAGUUUGAACCAGACUGCCCUGGUAAGAGUUAAGCUGGAGGAUGAAAAUGACAACCCUCCGAUAUUCAGCCAGCCUGUAAUUGAGCUGUCAGUUUCUGAAAACAACCGACGUGGUCUAUACUUAACAACUAUUAGUGCCACAGAUGAAGACAGUGGGAAAAAUGCAGACAUUGUUUAUCAGCUUGGUCCUAAUGCCUCCUUUUUCGAUCUGGAUCGAAAGACAGGAGUUUUGACAGCCUCCAGAGUUUUUGACAGAGAAGAGCAGGAACGUUUCAUUUUCACUGUUACAGCCCGAGACAACGGCACCCCUCCUUUGCAGAGUCAAGCAGCAGUAAUUGUUACUGUGUUGGAUGAAAAUGACAACAGUCCCAAAUUUACUCAUAAUCAUUUCCAGUUUUUCGUAUCAGAGAACUUACCAAAGUAUAGCACGGUGGGGGUGAUCACGGUGACUGAUGCAGAUGCUGGGGAAAAUAAAGCCGUGACCCUUUCCAUCCUGAACGACAAUGAAAACUUUGUGCUGGAUCCAUACUCUGGAGUUAUAAAGUCCAACGUUUCUUUUGAUCGAGAACAGCAGAGCUCUUACACCUUUGAUGUUAAGGCAGUGGAUGGAGGGCAACCUCCUCGCUCUUCUACAGCAAAAGUGACAAUAAACGUGAUGGAUGUUAAUGACAACAGUCCUGUUGUCAUCUACCCACCUUCUAAUACUUCUUUCAAGCUAGUGCCACUCUCAGCAAUUCCAGGAUCGGUGGUAGCCGAAGUCUUUGCUGUGGAUAUAGACACUGGCAUGAACGCUGAGCUGAAGUACACAAUUGUAAGUGGCAAUAACAAGGGUUUGUUUCGGAUUGAUCCAGUGACAGGUAAUAUCACUCUGGAAGAAAAACCAACUCCUAAUGACGUGGGGCUGCACCGCUUAGUUGUCAACAUAAGUGAUUUGGGUUAUCCCAAAUCCCUGCAUACUCUUGUGCUUGUAUUUUUAUAUGUCAAUGAUACUGCUGGAAAUGCCUCCUAUAUUUAUGACCUGAUACGCAGGACUAUGGAAACACCUUUGGAUCGGAACAUAGGGGACAGUGGCCAACCCUACCAAAAUGAGGACUAUCUCACAAUCAUGAUUGCUAUUGUGGCGGGUGCCAUGGUUGUCAUAGUGGUGAUAUUUGUCACAGUUCUUGUUCGCUGUCGGCACGCCUCCAGGUUCAAAGCUGCCCAGAGGAGCAAGCAAGGUGCUGAGUGGAUGUCUCCCAAUCAGGAGAACAAGCAAAACAAGAAAAAGAAAAGGAAGAAAAGGAAAUCUCCAAAGAGCUCCCUUUUGAACUUUGUUACCAUUGAGGAGUCCAAACCUGAUGAUGCAGUUCAUGAACCUAUCAACGGGACAAUAAGCCUUCCAGCAGAGCUGGAGGAGCAAAGUAUAGGAAGAUUUGAUUGGGGCACAGCACCACCAUCAACCUUUAAGCCUAACAGUCCUGAUCUUGCCAAGCAUUACAAAUCUGCCUCUCCGCAGUCUGCUUUUCAUCUCAAACCUGACACUCCAGUUUCAGUGAAAAAGCACCACGUGAUUCAGGAACUCCCGUUGGACAACACCUUUGUUGGUGGUUGUGACACCCUUUCCAAACGCUCUUCCACUAGUUCAGAUCACUUCAGUGCCUCAGAGUGCAGUUCCCAAGGAGGCUUCAAGACAAAGGGCCCCUUACACACCAGACAGUCCCAGCGCCGUGUUACAUUUCACCUCCCCGAUGGCUCCCAGGAAAGCUGCAGUGACAGUGGUCUGGGAGACCACGAGCCAGUGGGUGGUGGAACCCUGAUCUCACACCCUCUCCCUCUGGUUCAGCCGCAGGACGAAUUCUACGACCAGGCUUCACCGGACAAGAGGACUGAAGCUGAUGGCAACUCUGACCCCAAUUCUGAUGGGCCUCUUGGUCCACGAGGAUUAGCUGAAGCUACAGAGAUGUGUACUCAAGAAUGCCUGGUUUUGGGUCACUCAGACAACUGUUGGAUGCCUCCUAGCUUGGGUCCAUACCAACAGCCAAAGUCUCCUCUCUCCACCUUUGCACCUCAGAAAGAAUGGGUUAAGAAGGACAAACUAGUUAAUGGACACACGUUGACCAGGACCUGGAAAGAAGACAGCAACAGAAACCAGUUCAGCGAUCGAAAGCAGUAUGGUUCCAGUGAGGGCCAUUUCAACACUGGCAACCACAUGACUGACAUUCCUCUGGCCAACUUGAAGUCUUAUAAACAGGCCCCAGGAUCUGUGGAGAGUCCAAAGGAGCACCAGCUAUAAGAAAUGGUUACUUUGGACCAAUAACUUUAGCUUACUUAGACUUGCUAAUACUAUGUGUGUGUCAGAGCUUUAUGUACUGGGUAGACCUCUAGAACUAUGCUUCACCUAGCAGAAAUAUGCAUAUCUUUAUGUUAGCACUGCGGAGGGUAUGAUGUCCUGCAACGUGAAAGAGUGUUUCUACUAGUUGUGUGGUUUUGUUAAAUAGACAUGAUUAAAAUCUGCAGAGAUCUCUCCAGUUUGAAAAAUAUCCUUUUUUGUUUCUUUGUUUUUUGACCCUGGACUGCUGCUAUGAACAACAGAAGAUGCAUUUGGAGAGUGAGAGAGUGCGAAAGCUCAGUGGAUUGCAAAGAUUGAAAAGCAUAUCCAGUUAGAAAAUUGUGCUUUUGUUGUCAUUGAUCUAUGCUGGGACCGUUAUACUUGAGAUCAUAUUGCAAACAAUUGAAGCUGUAAACAUUAAACCUACUGUGCUAUUAACAAUGUUAGUGGACACUUGUAAGUCAAUCAGCUUUCAAAUUCUUGUAAAUAGCAACAAUUAUUACUUACAGUUUUUGUGUACUUAUAACGUUCACUUAAAAAGAUACUGUAGCAUAUUUCUGUGUUUCACAGUUGCUUUUUAAUUUGUUUCAUUUGUUUUCUUGUUUUGGUUUUAUUUUCAGUGAUAGUGUUUCUGUGUUAGUAGUCUGUCUGACACACAGUGUUCCAAAAAAAUCAAGCCACAGGUAUGAAAAGCAAAAAGAGUGAUGGGGUAGGAAGAAAGGUUGCUUUGGUAGAAAAGGAAAAAAACC